GUGAAACGGCGAUUCGAUUGUAUCGAAGGUAUCUUAAGUUUAUAAAUUAUGGUGGGUUCGACGAUAUGAACGUUACGGACAUAGUUUUGCCAAUUAUUCAUCGAAUUAUGGCAAAAACUUUCAAAACUGACUAUCGGUUUGUGGCGAUAUUGGAACCAGACCGUGUCGAAGAAUAUAUCGAUUUGUUAUUAUCACUUAAUCGAUACGAUGAAGCUGCCAAACGACUUGCUCAGGUUGUUAAUAACGAUCGGUUCCAAUCAAUGUCCGGCAAAUCCAACUAUCAAUUAUGGAUGGAACUUUGCGAUUUGGUUUGUGAAAAUCCACAUGAAAUCAAAAGCUUAAAAGUCGAGUCUAUUAUACGAAGUGGAAUUCGUAGGUUUACAGAUCAGGUUGGAAGAUUGUGGAAUUCUUUGGCGAAUUAUUGGAUCAAAUUAGGCUAUUUUGAAAAGGUCUGUAACUUGGACGUAUUUGAAGAAGGUAUUAAUACUGUAAUGACUGUAAGAGAUUUUACGCAAAUCUUUGAUACUUAUGCAAAAGCUGAAGAGACUGUCAUUGAAAAAAAGAUGGAGGAAACAGCAGAGAGGGCAGAAAAUGGAAUAGAUGAUCCGCAAGCAGAUUUAGAGUUAGAUUUAAGGCUGAUGCGAUUCGAGCAAUUGAUGGAUCGUAGACCUUUUCUGGUUAAUGACGUCUUGUUGAGACAAAAUCCAAAUAACGUUCAUGAAUGGGAAAAAAGAGUGGCGUUGUGGAAAGACAAUCAUACUAAGGUUGUUGAAACGUAUACAAAGGCAAUGAGAACCAUUGACCCAAAGAAAGCCACGGGAAAAUUCCAUGGGUUAUGGGUAAACUUUGCUAAAUUUUACGAGCAAGGUGGUGACAUCGAGAAUGCUCGAACGAUCUUUGAGAAGGCUAUACAUGUUGAUUUUAAGAAUGUUAACGACUUGGCUACAUUAUGGUGCGAAUAUGCUGAGAUGGAACUACGAUUUGAAAAUUACGAUAAAGCCAUAGAUGUUAUGGGCCGUGCUACUGUUCCCCCUCGUAAUCCAAAUGUAGAUUUUCGUGAUGAGAGUUUACCUGUCCAGCUACGCGUUUUUAAAUCAAUAAAAUUAUGGUCAUUCUAUGUUGAUCUUGAAGAAAGUAUCGGCACGGUAGAGUCUACUAGAGCGGUAUACGACAGAAUAUUGGAAUUGAAAAUCGCUAAUCCUCAAAUAAUAAUUAACUAUGCGAGUUUUUUAGAGGAAAAUCAAUAUUUUGAAGAGAGUUUUAAG